CGCGUCUGGGAACUCAAGCCACUGAGCUCUCCGACUUUUCCACUGGACCAUCUCACUCUCCAUCAUUUCGCAGUCGGGGUGUCUACAACAAAGGCUUUAACUUUUUCCAUUUUUUUUUUAAUCAAACCAGAGAAUACUGAAAACCUCCUCCGUAGAUUCAUUCAUGUGCUGCUGAGCCAGGGAGCGAAAAUGAAGAGCAGGCUGUCUCUGGUGGCGGCGGCCCUUCUCGCAGUGCUGCUGUCCUCCUCUCAGGCCCAGAAAACAGUUGACCCACCCUCGGAUUUGAGAUUUAAGAUUUUAAGUGAGAAUGCAGUUCAAAUGAUUUGGACAAAACCCCGGACUAGGAUACAGGGCUACAGAAUACAAGUGACCUCAGAGACAGAGGAACCAACAAAAGAAUUUACUCUCCCUGCCUCUGCGUCUAAGACGUCCAUCUCAGACUUGAGUCCAGAUGUGGAUUAUGUAGUAACAAUAUCUGCCUACGCCGGAUCAGAGGAGAGUCUGCCCAUCACAGGCCAGAUCACAAUCCAGUCGAGUGGCGUCACAGGAGGAACUCCCAGGAAACCUCAGCUCACAGAUUCAGUCAAAUGCUCUUUCAGCGCCGUGGCCGACGUGGUGUUUCUGGUGGACGGCUCGUGGAGCGUGGGCCGGCCGAACUUCAAGCACAUCCGCAGCUUCAUCUCGGCGACGGUGAGCGCCUUCCAGAUCGGCGAGGACAAGACACGUGUGGCCGUGGUGCAGUACAGCAGCGACGCCAGGACCGAGUUCGAGCUGAAGCAGCACCUGAGCCGAGGGGAGCUGCUGCGGGCCAUCGGCUCACUGCCCUACAAGGGAGGCAACACCAUGACAGGCGAUGCCCUGGACUUCCUCCUGAAAAACACUUUCACUGAGGCUGCCGGCGCCAGGAAGGGUUUUCCCAAAGUGGCCGUGAUCAUCACCGACGGCAAAUCUCAGGAUCCUGUGGAGAGUUACGCCAAGAAGCUCAGGAGCAGGGGGGUGGAGAUCUUUGUCCUAGGGAUCAAAGAAGCAGACGAGGAGGAGAUGAAGCUAAUGGCUUCCACCCCUUACAGGACUCACGUCUAUAAUGUGGCAGACUUUGAUGUGAUCAAGACUGUUCAGAAAGAGCUCAUUACCCAAGUGUGCGCUGGUGUCGACGACCAGCUCAACUCGCUUGUCAGUGGAGAAGAAGUCGUCGAGCCGGCCUCUAACCUUCAAGUCCUGGAGUUGGCCUCAAAGUCCAUGCGUGUGACAUGGGAUCCUUCCAUCGGAGAAAUUUCUGGAUACAAACUGCAAAUGAUCCCCAUGAUGGCUGGCAGCAAACGCCAGGAGAUGUACAUUGGUCCAGGCCAGACCUCGGUGCUAGUCAGAGACCUUUCUCCAGACACCGAGUACCAGAUCAGCCUGUUUGCCCUCAAAGGCCUGAUGCCCAGCGAGCCCAUCAUGGCCAUGGAGAAGACCGAGCCAGUCAAGGUGUCUUUGGAAUGUUCUCUGGGAGUGGACGUGCAAGCAGAUGUUGUCCUCCUGGUUGAUGGUUCGUACAGCAUCGGCCUUGCCAAUUUCGCUAAGGUUAGGGCUUUCCUUGAGGUGCUGGUGAACACCUUUGACAUUGGACCGGACAAGGUUCAGAUCAGCUUGGUCCAGUACAGCAGGGACCCGCACACCGAGUUCUACCUGAACACCCACCAUGACCUGAAUGCCGUGGUCAAAGCUGUGAGGACGUUCCCCUACCGAGGCGGCUCCACAAACACCGGCCGGGCCAUGACCUAUGUGAGGGAGAAGAUCUUCCUGCCCAACAGAGGAGCUCGCACCAACGUUCCUCGCGUUACCAUCCUCAUCACAGAUGGGAAGUCCUCUGAUGCCUUCAAGGAGCCGGCCACCAGGCUUAGGAACGCCGACGUGGAGAUCUUCGCUGUGGGAGUUAAGGAUGCUGUCCGCUCUGAGCUCGAGGCCAUUGCCAACACGCCCGCAGAGACCCAUGUGUACACCGUCGAGGACUUCGACGCCUUUCAGAGAAUCUCCAAAGAGCUCACACAGUCCAUCUGCCUGAGGAUCGAACAGGAACUGCGCAACAUCAACAAGAGACGAUUGCUCCCUCCGAAAUCCUUGUCCUUUUCUGAGAUUGGCUCCAGAAGCUUCAAGGCCACAUGGGAGAUCGAUGCCACGGGCGUCCAGUCAUAUUUGGUGCAGUUCAAGCCGGCGGAUGAUGACGACGGCCACUUUGUGUCCAUGUCUGUGCCGGGGGAUUCCCUCACCGCCCUCCUCCCCCACCUCACGCCACUGACCCGCUACGAGGUCAGCGUUUACGCUCAGUACGACAAAGGAGACAGCUUCCCUGUGACAGGCUAUGAGACCACACUAGAAGAACAAGGUCCCGUUCGCAGCUUGAAGGUGUCUGAGGAGACGAUGGACAGCUUCCGGGUGUCAUGGCAACCAGCUCCAGGGGGCGUCGUCCGCUACCGGCUGACCUACACGCCGGUCAGGGGCGACAGCUCCAUGAUGGAGACCACCACCCCUGACUCCACCAUUGUGCUGCAGGAGCUUCAACCCCAAACCACCUACCGAGUCACCGUCACCCCUGAAUACCAGUCUGGCCCCGGAGAACCCAUGCAGAUCGACGGCACCACCAAAGAAGCCAGGGGUUCUCCUCGUGACCUGAGGGUCUCCGAUGAGACGACGUCCACCAUGAAGCUGUCCUGGGAGGCGGCGCCGGGCGACGUGCUCCAGUACCGCGUGGCGUACCGGCCGACUGCCGGCGGCAGCGGCAAGGAGGUGUCGGUGAAGGGAGACAACACGGCCGUGGUGCUGAAGAACCUGCAGCCGGGGACGCAGUACGACCUGUCCGUCAAGGCACGCUACCCGUCCGGCCUGGGCGAUGCCCUGGAGGGGCGAGGCACCACGCUGGAAGAGCUGGGUUCUCCACGAGACCUGGUCACCAGCGACGUGACCGACUCCAGCUUUGUGGCGUCUUGGACAGCGGCACCUGGGAAUGUAAACAUGUACCGCAUCCGCUGGAAAUCCCUGUUCUCGGAGGAGACCGGAGAGAAAAUGGUGCCCGGAGAGGUGACGAGCACCGUGCUGGAGGGCCUGAGCCCGGAGACGCUGUACCAGGUGUCUGUGGUGGCUGCCUACGGCCGCGGAGACAGCGACCCGCUCAUCGGACAGGAAAUCACCGACGCAUCUGCCGCUGGUAAAACACUGAUGGUAUCUGAUGAGACGGAGCGGACCAUGAAAGUGACAUGGACGCCGGCACCGGGCAGAGUCACCAACUACCGUCUGAAGUACGUUCCCAGCAGUGGAGGGAAAGAAGUGGCCCUCAAGAUCCCAGCAACAUCCACCAGCACCAUCAUGAAGCGCCUGCAGCCCAUGACCACCUACAACAUCACUGUUCACCCCAUCUACAAGCGCUGGGAAGGAAAAGCAAGGCAAGGAGUAGGAACGACACUGUCUCCCUACAAGGCUCCCAGGAACUUGAAGACCUCAGAGCCCACUAAGACCAGUUUCAGAGUCUCCUGGGAUCCGGCGCCUGGAGACGUUAAGGGCUACAAAGUCACUUUCCACCCCAGUGGGAAUGACAUCGACCUGGGCGAACUGCUGGUCGGCCCUUACGAUCACACCGUCGUUCUAGAGGAGCUCAGGGCAGGAACUAAGUACUCGGUGGCAGUGUUUGGGAUGUUUGACGGAGGGCAGAGUAUGCCCCUGGCAGGAGAGCAGACGACAACCCUCUCCGAUGCUCCUGAACCGCCACCUCUCGAUCCUUUGGAUCCCCAGUGUAAAACCACAGCCAGGGCCGACAUCGUGCUGCUGGUGGACGGCUCGUGGAGCAUCGGCCGUCUGAACUUCAAAACCAUCCGGGCCUUUAUCGGCCGCAUGGUCGGCGUCUUCGAAAUCAGCCCUGACAGAGUCCAGAUCGGCCUGGCUCAGUACAGCGGAGACCCCAAAACUGAGUGGCACCUCAACGCCCAUGCGACUCGGGAUUCCCUGCUGGAGGCCGUCGCCAACCUGCCGUACAAAGGAGGAAACACCAUGACAGGAAUGGCUCUGAACUACAUCCUCCAGAACAACUUCAAAGCCAACGUGGGAAUGCGUCCAGACUCUCGUAAAAUCGGUGUCCUCAUCACCGAUGGAAAGUCCCAGGACGAGAUUGUCUUCAGCUCCCAGAGGCUGAGAGACCAGGGCAUCGAGCUCUACGCCAUCGGUGUGAAGAACGCUGAUGAGAACGAGCUGAGGUCCAUCGCCACCGACCCCGACGAAAUUCACAUGUACAACGUCAAUGACUUCACCUUCCUCCUGGACAUCGUCGACGACCUCACCAUCAACCUCUGCAACAGUGUUAAGGGCCCAGGCGGCGAACUGGAGGCGCCCACUGACCUGGUGACCUCGGAGGUGACCCACCGCUCCUUCCGCGUCACCUGGACGGCGCCCGGCGGCCCCGUGGACCAGUUCCGCGUCACGUACAUGAUCGCAGCCGGAGGACCCACCCUGCAGGUGCUGGUGGAUGGGACGGUGAACACCGUGGUGCUGGACAACCUGAAGCCUCUGACGGAGUACGUGGUCAACGUGUUCGCUGUGGUGGGCGAGGACAGCAGCCCGCCGCUGACGGGCACCGAGAUCACAUUGCCGCUGGCAGGACCGAGGAACAUGAAGGUUUACGACGAGACUAUGAGCACCAUGAGGGUGAGGUGGGAGCCGGCGGGCGGCGCCUCGGGCUACCUGAUGCUGUACAAGCCCAUCAACGCCUCACAGCCGCAGCCAGAGAAGGAGAUGCGAGUUGGCGCGGAUGUGAGUGACGUCCAGCUGCUGCAGCUGAUACCCAACACGGCGUACUCCAUCACCCUGUACGCUCUGCACGGCGAGGACACCAGCGACCCUCUGGAGGGGACGGGAGUCACCUUGCCCGUCCCUCCAGCUGGAGACCUGAGAAUCACCGACGUGACCCACAGCACCAUGAAGCUCAACUGGGACGCUGCGCCCGGGAACGUCCUCAAGUACAUCAUCGGCUACACUCCAGAGGACGGGGACAAAAAACAGGUUGAGGUGAACGGCGACGUCACCACCCUCACCUUGGACAAACUGAUCUCCCAGACUGAGUACGACUUGACCGUCACGCCCGUCUACACCGAGGGGCCUGGGACCGUGAUGGCUGGAAAGGCAGUCACAGAUGUUGUUCCUGCCCCCAAGAACCUGCAGUUCUCUGAGGUGACCCAGACCUCCUUCAGAGCCACGUGGGAGCACGGCGCCCCGGAUGUCGCCCUCUACCGCAUCGGCUGGACCAAGAAGGGCGAGCAAAACUUCCAACAUGCAAUCUUGAACAAUGAUGAAACCACCCAUGUUCUGGAGAACUUGGAGCCCGACACCCUGUACGAUGUCACUGUGACGGCCAUCUACCCAGACGAGUCCGAGAGCGAAGACUUGAUCGGAAGCCAGCGCACAUUGCUAAAGAAUGGACCCGAUCCCCCUGAACCUCCCCGCAACUUGAAGGUGGUUAACGCCACCACCACCACUCUCACAGCCAAGUGGGAGCACGCUCCAGGCCCCGUCCGGGAGUACAGGAUCACUUACCGGCCCAUUGCCGGGGGUGACGCUCUCACAACUCAGGUCGGAGGGAAGAAAAACAGCGUCAUCCUUCCCAAGCUGACGCCCGACACACCGUACAACGUCUCCGUCGUGGCCGUGUUUCCCACCACCGUCAGCAAAAGCAUCUCCAGCCAAGGAAAGACCAAGCCUCUGGGCGGUGUGAGGAACCUGCAGGUGGUCAACCCGACCAUGACCACCCUGAACGUGCGCUGGGAGCCGGCCGAGGGCAAAGUGAAGGAGUACAAAGUGCUGUACGUGCCGGCCGCUGGAGGAGCCGAGAGCAUGGAUCAGGUGCCGGGGACGGCCACCAGCACCGUCCUGCGCGGCCUGCAGCCCGACACCGUCUACACCGUCUCUUUGGUUCCUGUCUACGCAGCAGGAGAGGGCAGGAAGAUGUCCGAGAACGGAAAAACAAGGCCUCUGGGAGGCGUGAAGAACCUGAGGGUGACCGAUCCCACCAUGACCUCUCUCACUGUGAACUGGGAUCCGGCCGACGGAGCUGUCCGCCAGUACAAGAUCUUCUUUGUGCCGGUGGCCGGUGGCGUGGAGGACAUGGAACAAGUUCCAGCGGGCACCACCUCCAUCGUGCUGAGGAACCUGAUGCCUGACACGCCGUACCGGGUCUCAGUCGUACCGGUGUACCCGACCAGAGAGGGCAAACGCCAGUCAGAGAACGGCAGGACAUUGCCUCUGGGCGGAGUCGGCAACAUGAAGGUGAUCAACCCAACCAUCACGACCCUCACGGUGACCUGGAACCCGGCCGACGGAAACGUUCAGGGCUACAAGGUCAUCUACGUCCCCACCGACGGAGGGCUGGAGAUUGUGGAGGAAGUGUCGGAGAGCACGACUCAGACCAUUCUGGACAAGCUGCUGCCGGACACUCGCUACACCGUCACCGUGGUCCCUGUGUACGCCGAGGGAGACGGACCGAGCCUGGCCGACGUCGGCAAGACCAAGCCGCUGGGCUUCGCGCGCAACCUGCAGGUGACGGACCCCACCACCAGCACCCUGAACGUCCGCUGGGACCCGGCCGAGGGGAACGUCCGGGAGUACAUAGUGAUCUGGGUCCCGGCGGCCGGAGGCGAGCAGGACGUGGACCAGGUGUCCGGAUCGGUCACCUCCACCGUCCUGAAGAACCUGGAGCCCGACACCGAGUACACCGUCACCGUGGUGCCCGUCUACCACGAGAUGGAGGGCAAGCCGCAGUCCAAGAACGGGAGGACAAAUCCGAUGGGUGGAGUCAAAAACUUACAGGUGACCGACCCGACCAUCAGCACACUGACGGUGCGCUGGGAUCCUGCGGUGGGCAACGUCCGCAACUACAAGAUCUUCUACAAAGCAGAACCAGGAGGCCAGGAGCUCAUGGAGCAGGUCUCAGGCGGAACCACCAGCACCGUGCUCAGGAACCUGGACGCCGACACCGUCUACAAUGUGGCCGUUGUUCCUGUGUACCCAGAUGUGGACGGCAUCCGCCAGGCCGAGAAGGGCCGCACGAAGCCGCUGGGCGGAGUGAGGAACCUGCAGGUGACCGACCCCACCAUCAACAGCCUAAGGGUCCGCUGGGAGCCGGCCGAGGGCGAUGUCCGGCAGUACAAGAUCCUCUACGUCCCGGCGACCGGAGGAGACGAGAGCAUGACUCAGGUUUCAGGAAUGUCGACGAACACGGUGCUGAGAGGCCUGAAGCCCGACACGGAGUACAAAGUGACGCUGGUGCCCGUUUACGUCGACGUGGAGGGGAAACGCAUGUCGGAGAACGGAAGGACAAAGGCUCUGGGCGGCGUAAAGAAUCUGAAGGUCAGCGAUCCCACCACCAGCUCCCUGAAGGUGCGCUGGGAACCGGCGGAGGGCAACGUCCGCCAUUACCGCCUCUUCUACGUCCCUGCCUCAGGCGGAGCCGAGGACAUGGAGCAGGUCUCUGGCGGCACCACCAACACCAUCCUGAGGAACCUGCUGUCCGACACGCCGUACACAGUGACCGUGGUGCCGGUCUACCCGGAGGGAGAGGGGCUUCGCCAGUCUGACAAAGGAAAAACACUUCCUCGCACGCCACCCAAGAACAUCCAGGUGUACAACCCCACCCCCAACAGCCUGAACGUGCGCUGGGACCCCGCCUCGGGCCAGGUGCAGCAGUACCGCGUGACCUUCGCCCCCCUGAGCGGAGUCAGACCCGCCGAGUCGGUCCUGGUUCCGGGGAGCAUCAACAACGCCUUCCUGGACAACCUGGUGCCCGACACGCCAUACUCCGUCAGCGUCACGGCGCUGUACGCUGACGGCGAGGGGCCGCUGGUGAAGGGCAACGGCAAGACACUGCCCCGGGCUGGCCCCAGGAACAUGCGCGUGUUCGACGCCACCACCAGCACGCUGACCAUCGGCUGGGAUCACGCCGAGGGCCCCGUCAGGCAGUACAGGAUCGGCUACGCUCCCAUGACCGGCGACCCCAUCACCGAGUUUACUGUUGUCCCUGGAAACAGAAACAAUGCCAUGCUGCAGAAUCUGCUGCCAGACACGCCGUACAACAUCACAAUCGACGCCAUCUAUGCCGAGGGACCUGGCGGCUCCCUGAACGGAGUUGGGCGCACAGUCGGCCUGCUGGAGCCCAGGAACCUCCGCGUCUCGGAUGAGUGGUACACCCGCUUCCGUGUGGCCUGGGACCCCGUGACGGCUCCGGUGCUCGGAUACAAACUGGUCUACUCACCUCAGGGCAAAAGUGAAAACUUGGAUGUCUUCGUGGGUGACGUGACCUCCUACACCCUGCACAACCUCAUGCCCGGCACCACCUAUGACGUCAAAGUGUUCGCCCAGUACUCUGGUGGCACGAGUUCAGCACUGAGUGGAGAGGGAACAACACUCUACCUCAAUGUGACAAACAUUGAGACCUACAACGUUGGCCACGACAAGUUCUGCAUCAAAUGGGCUCCUCAUAGGGCAGCGACCUCCUACCGGAUCAAACUCAACCCUGCCGACCCCUCCAGCAGAGGACAGCGCGAGAUCACCAUCCCAGCCGGCCUGCCGCAGUACUGUUUCGACGGCCUCUCACCUGAUGCUCUCUACACCGCCACCGUCUUCGUCCAGACGCCCAACCUCGAGGGCCCGGGAGUCAGCGCCAAAGAGAGAACCUUGAUGAAGCCUACUCCAGUUCCAACACUGCCGCCAACUCCAACCCCUCAACCCACAAUCCCCCCUGCAUGGGCAGUGUGCAAAGGUGCCAAGGCAGAUGUGGUGUUCCUCAUUGACGGGUCCUGGAGUAUUGGCGAGGAGAGCUUCACUAAAGUUGUGCGCUUUGUCUCCACCUUGACCGGCGCCUUUGAUGUUAUUGGCCCCACGGGAAUGCAGGUGUCAUUCGUCCAGUACAGUGACGAAUCGAAGACAGAGUUCAGGCUGAACGCUUACCAAGACAAAGGCAUCGCCCUGUCCGCUCUUCUCCAGAUUCGCUACCGAGGAGGAAACACCAAAACAGGAGUGGCACUAAAGCAUACGUACGAGAAGGCCUUCUCGAUUGAGAACGGCAUGAGAAGAAACGUGCCCAAGGUCGUCGUGGCGAUCACCGACGGACGCUCUCAGGACGAGGUGAAGAAGAACGCUGCCAAACUGCAUCUUGCCGGAUACAGCGUGUUUGUGGUCGGGGUUGCCGAUGUGGAUUUCGUCGAACUGCAGAACAUUGCCAGCAAACCCAGCGAGAGGCACAUCUUUGUCGUGGAUGACUUUGACGCGUUCGAAACAAUCAAAGAAAACCUGAUUACCUUCAUCUGCGAAACGGCGACAUCAUCUUGUCCUUUGAUUUUCCUGAAUGGAUUCACCUCACCUGGCUUCAGGAUGCUCGAGGCCUUCAACCUGACCGAGAAGACCUACAGUUACAUCAAAGGUGUUUCUAUGGAGCCUGGCUCCUUUAACAGCUACACAGCCUACAGACUCCACAAGAACGCCUUCCUGAGCCAGCCAACAACAGAGAUCCACCCAGAUGGUCUUCCUCAAGCCUACACCAUCAUCAUCAUGUUCCGCCUGCUGCCGGAAUCGCCCAAAGAGGCCUUCGACAUCUGGCAGGUGUCAACCAAAGACCACAAGCCAGAGACCGGCGUCACCAUCAACCCCUCCAGCCAAACGGUGUCAUUUUUUAACAAGGACGAGCGGGGUGAGAUCCAGAGAGUCAUUUUUGACACUGAUCAAGUGAAGAAAAUCUUCCAUGGAAGCUUCCACAAGCUCCACGUCCUGGUUUCCCCCACCGGCGUCAAGCUCAACAUCGACUGCCAAGAAGUGGCUGAGAAGAAGAUCAAGCCGGCCGGAAACACGUCCAGCGACGGCUACCAGGUCCUGGGCAAGAUGUCCAAGUCCAUCGGCUCCAAGGGAGAAUCUGCAACUUUCCAGCUCCAGAUGUUCGAUAUUGUGUGCAGCUUGGCCUGGACCAGCAGGGACAGAUGUUGCGACCUUCCAUCGAUGAGAGACGAGUCCAAGUGUCCUGCCCUUCCCAAUGCCUGCACUUGUACCUCAGAGAGCACAGGACCCCAGGGGCCCCAGGGACCCGUGGGCGCACCUGGAAGCAAAGGUCCCCGAGGUGAGAGAGGAGAAGGCGGCCCCUCUGGACCGAUUGGCCCGCGCGGAGAUAUCGGACCACCGGGACCCAUGGGUCUGCCCGGCCCUCAAGGACCCAGCGGCCUGUCUAUCCCAGGAGAAGCUGGCCGUCCCGGACCGAAGGGCGAUCCCGGAGAUUCGGGCCUACCUGGGCAGAAAGGUUCACCCGGGCCUGCGGGUUCCAUCGGCCCAGUCGGACCAGCUGGAGUGAGGGGCCCCCCAGGAAAGGAAGGAGUGGCUGGACCAAGGGGCCCGGCAGGUCCCAUGGGACCUCCAGGAUCUCCUGGAAUACCAGGAGCUGCAGGAAAACCAGGAAAGCCUGGUGACUCUGGUCCUCCUGGCGCUAUUGGUGUCAAGGGAGACAAAGGAGAGAGAGGCGACUUUGCUCCUCAGAACAUGAUGCGUUCCAUAGCCCGACAAGUUUGUGAGCAGCUAGUAAACAAUCAAAUGAGCCGUGUCAACACAAUACUGAACCAGAUCCCCAACAGCGGGUACACAAGCAGUAACCCGGGCCCUCCUGGACCUCCUGGAUCUCCUGGAAAUCAGGGACCUCGCGGAGAGCCGGGCCAGGCAGGAAGGAACGGUUUCCCCGGAAGUCCCGGUUUACCCGGUCGCCAGGGAGAGCCAGGUCCUGCAGGAGAGAAGGGCGAGCGAGGGGCUGCCGGAGUGGGACAGCGAGGACAGAGGGGACCGCCUGGUCCUCCAGGGGAAAGCAGGACGGGACCUCCAGGCCCUCAGGGCUCCACCGGAUCUCGCGGCCCCCCCGGACGUCAGGGCUUCAGCGGGGUCCGCGGCCCUCCCGGCCCUCCCGGCUACUGCGACUCCUCUCAGUGUGUCGGCAUUCCUUACAACGGCCAGGGAUACGGAGGUUCACCAUAGUAGACUUUCUAUGUCGCCUGUGCUGCUUUCACUCUGACUUCCUGAAAAAAACAAAAACAAAAAAAAAAAAAAA